GAAAACGCCACUUCAUCCAAGCUCUCGGAAUUUACCGUGUGCUUUUUUGUUAAAAGCAAGGAUAUAAAUUCAACGAGUUCCCAGUGCCUCUUCAGUUACGCAGAAGCUUCUCAUAUAAAAGGAAAUGGUAUUUCUAUUUUCUUGAAUAAUCCAAGAAUUGAUGUCAUGGUGGAUGUGUCGGGAUCACAUGGUAUAGACACCGGAGUUAAGAUAAAUGACACCAUGUGGCAUCACAUCUGUGUUAGCUGGAAAAGUACAAAAGGCACCUGGCAGCUUUAUCUGGAUGGACAACUCCGAAACAGUGGAACAGGCUUGAAGGAAGGCUACCAGGUUCCAUCCGGCGGAACAGUCGUUAUCGGACAAGAUCAAGAUACAGUUGGAGGGGGCUUCAGCAUUAAAGAUAGUUUUGGACCGGGUGAGGUGACCGAGGUUAAUUUUUGGAGCAGGGUCUUGUCAGCGAGUGAUAUUGAAAAACAGUAUGCAAACUGCAACAUUACCAAAGACGACUUGAUACACUGCUGGGAACAAUUCAAAGAUGGCUUUACAGGUGUGAAAGUAGUUGAACCUUGAACCGAACACUGAGCAGAACUGAGAUGAUUUUUGUUGAUUUAAUCGUAAUACAAACGCUUAAAUCUAUAAAGUAACUGCAGUAAACUCAUUAGAUGUAAAUCCGGAAUAAACCAACGUUUCAACCACAUUCUAUGUUAUCCUUGACUUCGGUAAGAAGACGAGUGGAGCAAAUCUUUAUACCCGUUAGCUAAGUGAUACCUAAGGGACCUAUUAUAUCCAAAUUUGACGCGUACUUCUAGGAAUAUCGAGUAUUGAUGGACUGCUCACAGAAAAAUCAGAUUGUUUUGUAUAUUGCUAUAACACUCCUUUGAAUGAGGGAUCUAUGGAAAAUUUGUAAA